AUGAUUAUGCGAUCAAUAUCCCGCGGGGUCUUGUGCCUCCUAGCUCUGUUCGUGUCUGCGAUCAACGCCUACGAGGCGCCUCUGGUGACUCUCGACUAUGGAGUCUUCCAAGGCAGUUAUGAUGCGACUUAUAACCUUUCCUAUUUCCGGAAAAUCCCAUUUGCAGCACCCCCCACAGGCGAAAAUCGGUUUCGAGCUCCCCAACCCCCACUGAGCAUUACAAAUGGCACCUAUGACAGUAAUCAGGCCUUCGAUAUGUGCCCUCAGCGCACCGUCAAUGGCUCGGAGGACUGUCUAUACCUCGGACUCUACUCUCGGCCUUGGGAGGUCUCCUCUGCGAAUCGACCUGUGCUGGUUGUCUUCUACGGCGGCGCCUUCAUCCAAGGUAGCGCAUCCUUUACCCUGCCCCCGAGCGCCUAUCCAACUCUCAACGUCACCACCCUCAACGACUAUAUCGUGAUCUAUCCCAACUACCGCACGAAUGCCUUUGGAUUCCUCCCGGGCCAAGCGAUCAAAGACUCAUCCACCUCCGACCUCAACCCGGGCCUGCUGGACCAACAGUAUGUCCUCAAAUGGGUCCAAACGAACAUCCACCACUUCGGCGGGAACCCCAACAACGUGACGAUCUGGGGCCAGUCGGCCGGCGCGGGGUCCGUCGUCGCGCAGGUCCUGGCGAACGGCCGCGGCAAGCAGCCCAAGCUCUUCAGCAAAGCCCUCGCCAGCUCGCCCUUCUGGCCCAAGACCUACGCCUAUAACGCGCCGCAAGCCGAAGCCAUCUACUCCCAGCUGGUGAAUCUGACCGGCUGCGGCAAUUCCACAGUGAAAGACUCCCUACACUGCCUCAAGGCCGUCGACGUGCAGACCAUCCGCGACGCCAGCCUCGUCAUCGACGCCAGCCACACCUACACCACCAGCUCCUACACCUGGGCGCCCGUCAUCGACGGCGAGUUCCUGAUCGACACCCUCACCGAGGCCACCGCGCGCAGCGCCCUCCCCACGGACUUCAUCUGGGGCAUGUACAACUCCCACGAGGGCGAGAACUUCGUCCCCGCCGGCCUGGGCUCUACCACCACCACAUCCACGGGCUUCAACUCCUCGCUCGCCAGCUUCCAGUCCUGGCUCUCCGGGUUUGUCCCCGGUCUGACCUCCCACGAGAUCAGCCUCCUCGAAUCCCAAUAUUACCCGCCGGUAGGCAGCACCGAGACGAUCGACGACUAUAACACGACCCUCGUCCGCGCCGGCCUGAUCUACCGAGACUUGGUCCUCGCCUGCCCGGCCUACUGGGUCGCCUCCGCCGCAGGGACCAACGGGUACCUCGGGGAGUAUACCAUUUCGCCCGCCAAGCACGGCAGUGACACCGAGUGGUGGAACCAAGUAAACGCCGUCCAACAAUCCGACCCCCUUAUCUACGACGGCUACGCCGGCGCCUUCGCCAGCUUCUUCCAGACGGGGAACCCCAACGCGCAUAAAUUGACGAAUGCGUCGCAACCCGGCGUCCCGCUGCUCCGCACUACGGGCCAGGAGUUUGUGGUGGAGGUGGACGGGUUCGAGAAUGUGAGGUUGGUCGAGUUGCCGAGACGGUGUGCGUUUUGGAGGGUGGUUGCGGGGAGGGUUCCUGUUUAG